UGAUGACGGGGAAGCAUGCGGGCAACCCAGUGUAUAAAGCUCAUAAACGUGUAGGCAGAGGCUCGGCUACCACUUUGGACAGCUGCUUCCCGCCAGCAGAGAACCACGCCGCCCGCAGGGAGCUGAGCCAGAGCCGGCGGGAAACAUGAAGAGCCUCUUGCUGCUAGCCACGCUCCUGGUACCCGCGCACCUGGCGACGACCUGGAGCCCCAAGUACGCGGUCGACUGCCCCGAGCGAUGCGACCGCGCCGAGUGCAAAAGCAGCCUGAGCUGCAAGCGGACAGUGCUGGACGACUGCGGCUGCUGCCGGGUGUGCGCCGCGGGCCUGGGCGAAACCUGCUACCGCACCGUCUCCGGCAUGGACGGCGCCAAGUGUGGCCCGGGGCUCAGGUGUCAGUUUUACAGUGAGGAAGAUGACUUUGGUGACGAGUUUGGUAUCUGCAAAGACUGUCCCUACGGCACCUUCGGGAUGGAAUGCAAGGAGACAUGCAACUGUCAGUCUGGCAUAUGUGACAGAGUGACUGGCAAAUGUCUGAAAUUUCCCUUCCUCCAAUAUUCAGUAGCCAAGACUUCCAACAGGAGACUUGUUUCUACAGAGCAUGACAUGGCAUCCGGAGACGGCAAUACUGUGACAGAAGAACUUGUAAAAAAGAAUACCCGCUCACCUGUAAUGAAAUGGUUAAAUCCUCGCUGAGCCUGGGUGGGGUUUCUGAGAGAAGACUCUUAUCUUAAUGGUCAUUCAACACACAGCCAACAUUUUAGGAACUGUCUAGAUUAUAGCAUAUGGACAUGUGAUAUCGGGAGGCCAAGUGUGGGGGUCCAGAAAAAAAAAUAAUAAAGUAGGCUACUAACAAUCCAUAAAAUGCAUAUGACUGAACACUUUUAGAUCUUUGUGAAAUAUAUGAAUACAUACAGAUUUGUUAAAUAUGUGUUUAUAGUAAUACUGAAGAAUGGAGAACACAAUUUAGAUCAUAUUAACGUGGACGCAGAUCAGCCCCAGAGGAAGCUAAAGCUGAAGGCCACAGUGCCUGUGACUCGGAUGUGCAUUGAUGCUGGGAUACAGGAUGGAGGGAGAGUUCGGA